AUGAGCAAGAAACAAAUUUAUAUUCAAGUAACUUAUGUCGAACCAUAUUUCGAUACAUCUGAAUUACAACAUCGUCCAACACAUUUCGAUCGAAAUUAUAAUCUUAAACGUUUUAUGUAUGCAUCACCAUUUACAAUGGAUACAAAUCGUGCACAUGGUUCAUUACCUGAACAAUAUAAACGUAAAACAAUUUUAACUGUUGAACGUGCUUUUCCAUAUGUUAAAACACGUACUGGUGUAAUCGAUCGUGAACGUUUAAUUUUAAGUCCAAUUGAAGUUGCUAUAGAAGAUUUACAAAAGAAAACUGAUGAAUUACGUGCGGCUAUACAACAAGAACCAGCUGAUCCUAAAAUUCUUCAAAUGGUUAUACAAGGUUGUAUAAGUACUGCUGUUAAUCAAGGUCCAUUAGAAGUUGCAAAUAUAUUUUUAAAUCCAAUUAUGAAUGGAUUAGAAUUACCAAAUAUUCAUCAUAAUCGUUUAAGAUUAUGUUUUAAAGAAUUUACUCGAAGACUUGCUGAAGCAUUAAAACGAAAUAAAACAUUAAUUCACGCUGAUCAACGUGAAUAUCAAAAAGAUCUUGAAAAUAAAUUUACAAAAUUUACUGAAAGUCUUCAACCACUUUUAUCUGCAUGUAAGCAAACAGCAAUUAUUGAAACAACUUUAACAAAUAAUAAAAGUGUAAAAAAAAUUCGUUCGUCUCGUUCAUUCAAUAAUGGUACAUCGACAAGUAGUAGCGUCAUAUUGACAGGCUCUCAGCCUGAAGAAGAAACAUCGACUUAA